AUGGUAAUAAAGGAUGUGUUGCUUUUGAAAUUCUCCAAAUCCUUUUGUGCUUGGGGACUCCCUUCGGAGCUCUCUUUAUCUGGUCGUGGUUGUAACUGUGGAAGUUGUCUUGUAAGCGAAGAAUUCUCAAAGGAUGCUCUUCCUGAAUGGAUUGAUUGGCGGCAGAAGAAAGAAAUAGUUUUGGGGUUUGGCAUCUUCGAUAAAGAUCUCUCUGUUCAGUUGUAUGAGCUAGAUAGUUUCGGUGGAUUUUCAGUGAUUAGGAUGAUGUCCUCAGGAAAGCUUGAAUUUCAAACAUUCUGUGUCGCUUGGGAAUUUUUGAAUAAUUCAGAAGCCCACAAAGGGUCAUUGCUUCAUUUUGAAGAUUCUCUUCUAUAUGCAAUAGAGGAAACUGAUGGAUUGUCUGCUAACACGGAGCUUGAACUUCACUGCAAUAAAGUCAUGCAGGUAGCCAAUGAAGUUGCUGCAUCGACUUCUGGUUCUAGGCUUCAUAAUGAACAUGUUGUUUCCCUGGCCGAUGAUACAAAAGAGAUGUGUUAUGUCUCUCAAAACGAAAAGCUUUAUUCUUUGCAUGAACCAGUUGCGUUUUCAGGCAAGUUCUCUACUAUUGAUCCAACCCCAGGGAGUUUUGGAUGGUUUCAUUUCGGUGAUCGUAGAUCUUCCAAUUACGAGAUUUUUGAUACAGGGUUGGGAAUUUUUUAUAGAGUAGACAUGUCUAUCAAAAUCUUACUUGUGACUGAAGAAGAAGUUGAAAUUCUGUGCCUAACACCAAGAACAAAACUCAGGGAUGAGGAAUGCAAAGACAUGAAUUCCUAA